AUGGCUGGUAUUGCAAUCUUGGGAGCUGGCAUAUUUGCCACCGAGGAACACCUGCCCGCGCUUGUGCUGAACAAGGCUAAUGUCAAAGCUGUUUACUCUCGCUCGAAGGCCACUGCAUCAACUCUUGUAUCGGAGGCAACGAAGCUUGGCGUCGCUAAUCUUGACCUUUACUCGGAAGACAAUCCUGGACACACGCUCGAUGAUUUGCUCAAACGUAGCGACAUUGAAGCGGUCGUCAUUGUCUUGCCGAUCUUGGUACAGCCAUCGAUUGUUCGACGCUGCUUAGCGGCCGGCAAGCAUGUGCUAUGUGAAAAGCCAAUUGCCAAAGAUGUGGCAACCGCCCGCGAGUUAAUCGACGACUACAAAACGUCAUACGCAGGCAGAGGACUCAUUUUCAACAUCGCGGAACAGUUUAGGUUUAUGCGCGAGUUUGAACGGGGCCGCGAGUGGAUAGUCGACGAGAAAGCCAUCGGCGAGAUUACCCAAGCGCAUCUCAGAAUUUGGCGGCAUCAGCCUCCCGAAGGGAAAUGGUAUGAAACUCCAUGGCGAAAAGUUCCCGAGUAUCAAGGCGGCUUUUUGCUUGAUGGCGGUGUGCACCAGACAGCCAUGCUUCGGUUCAUUUCAGGCCAAGAGGUUGUCGAGACGGCAGGAUUUGCCCGUCAGGUUUUGCCUCAUCUUCCACCUCUCGACACUCUCAAUGCUGGCAUUUUGCUUAGUGGUGGAGGAACUGGGACGAUAUCGAUGUCAUUUGCUUCGACGAGACGAGCUACUGAGCUUACGAUUGUUGGAUCAAAAGGAAGCCUUUACCUGACCGAUGGCCCUGACGGCUUCACAUUGUCUCUCGAUCUUGCUGCUGGAGAGAGUAGGACGGAGACUAUAAAAAGUAGAGGGGUGGAGCUUGAGAUCAAAGCCUUUCUGGAGGCUGUCAAGGUUGGGAAGCCAGAGAAGCGGGCUAGUCCGGAGGAAGCCCUGAAUGACUUGGCUAUCAUAGAGAGUAUGUGCUCAGGGGGAGGCAAAGUGCAAUUGUACUAG